UAUUAUGACCGAAACGAUGCGAUCGGCUCCAACUCGUAAAGCCGAGCGCCAUCUUACGUUCGUAGUGUCAACUUGAAGUGUAAUGGUGAAUGGUGAAGCAAAUUUUGUGAUGUGGACUAGCUAGUUGUUGAAAACAUAAUACCUAUUUGCUUUGCAAUUGUGCAUUUCGUUGGACGAUGAUUAUGAGUUACUAAAACAAAGUGCAUCAUGUCAGACGCGAGGCAAGUGAAAGUGGACAACUGGGGGAUUUACUUCCUCCAGAGGCUGAAGCACUUCUUCAACCGCACCGACUACUGCGACCUGACGCUGCAGUUCCAGGACAAUGCGCAGCUCAAGGUCCACCGACUGGUGCUCAGUGCUUGUACGGAGUACUUCGAACUGCUGGAGAGGACUUGUGAGAUGUACGAGGACUGCUUGGUCAUGCCGGACGACCUGCAAGCCGACGUCGUGGUACCCAUCAUUAAUUUUAUGUAUACUGGUCAGUUGGAAUUCAAGCAAGAUUUAUUAGAGAAAUUGUAUCAAACAUCUUUGAUAAUGAAUUUGCCCAUUCUCACAAAACUUCUCGAUGCACAUCGACCCCAAAAAAAGCAGCCACCCGCUAAACCUGCAUUUUCCUCUUCUAAUAGUUUUUAUGGGAAAAGAUAUUCUAAACCGGGUAGAGCCAUGCCCAUUGCCAGCGGCAGUGGCUCCAAACGUUCUUUCUCCAGUGCUUUUGACAACACAGAGUUUCAAACAGAAUUACAUAAAAUGAAAAAGCCAAAUACAGACAUGUUUAGUAAAGCCGAGUGUAUUGUCAAAAACGGGGAUACACCAAACUACCAGUUUCCUGUGUUCUCAAAUAAAACUAAAUUUACGAUGAAAGAGCCUCGCCCUACUCGUUACGAGCUCCCUGAGGAGUUGGAUGAAGAGCAUCUGUUUGAUAAUUCAUUCACUAGUAUAUCGUAUGGUUCCAAACCGUUGAUGACUCAUCCAGAAACAUCCACAAAACAAUAUUGUUCAAAGAGAAUCAAUUUAUUUGAUGAAGGUAGCAGUUCUAGUCGUUUUAUGAGAGUGAGCGCUAAUGAUGUUGUAGAAUGUAGGAAGAUCUCGUCUCAUGAGAACAUAUUUUUAGAUUCAUUAGGUGACAGUAUGCAGGAUGAUAGUAUGGGCCCUUUCCAAUCAACUUCACAGCACAUCAAAGAGGAGACCAAGGACACCAGUCAACUCUUUGAUCAAAUUUUAGAAAACAAACCCUCAAAAAUUACCAUAGAGACCAAAAAUAAUGCACAAGCACAAAAUUUAGAUCAUGCGAAGAUUAUAAGCGAAGUUUUAAAGAAAUAUCCACAUUUAGUUAAAAACAACAAAAAUAUUAAACUGAAAAUUUUAAAUACCACCAAAACUAAAAAAUCUAAUGUGUCAAGUGAAGAAAAGCUAAAAUCUAAAUCUGAAACUCCUACUGAAGAAAAGUCAAAACCAUAUCAAGCUCCAGAUUUCACAUAUCAGUCUGAUGUUAUUAAUUCAAAGGAAGCUGCUAAACUCAUUGCUUUGGGAGCUGAAAAUACUACCGGGCCAUGGAUUUGUCUUAUUUGUGGUACUCCAGGAAAAGCAUUGCAUUUUACAUCAUAUUUUAAUUUCCGGAAACAUUUAGUUGAAGUACACAAUGAAAAACCAAUACCGACUAUGUGUGAAUAUUGCGGUAUUAAGUCUCUGAAAAGAAACUACCUUGUUCAUCAUAAAUUAACAAAACAUGGAAUAACACCACCAGCUGCAUACACUUUUCCAAAAUGUAAUCAUUGUGAUUACAUAGCUCUUAAUGAAGCACUUUUAGUGAAACAUAAAUCAAAUCAUAACAAUAUUAUGUACAAGUGCUUAAAAUAUAAUGUGCCUUCAUCUCCAGUAGCACAGAAAAAUACUAAAAAAUAUUUAAAUCAAUCGACAGACAAAAAAAUUGGUAACCUGCAAUGUGUAUUUUGCUUGAGAACCUUCCAACGUCUACACAACCUAUAUGCACAUUUAAAAACGAAUCAUAAAGAAGCAGCAAAGACUGAAGGAUUGAUUGAUGAUUCAGAGGAUGAACAGGAAGAGGAAAAGAUUUCUCCUAACUUGAAAAUUAAUAGUAACGAAUCUUCUGAUAAUAUAGUUAAAGUAGAGGUUCCAGUAACUUUUGAUAACACAUAUGAAGAUGUUGAUGAGCAAUAUCAAAUAGAACAAAAACCGGAUGGAAGUAUUUGCGUGUCAACUAAAAAACCUCGUGUUCUCUUGCCCUCUGCUAAAAACAAAAUAUUAAAUCUAGGUUUUGGCUCUCCUCAACAAAGUGUAUCUUCUGUGACACAUCCACAAAAGACAGAAUCUAUGCAUAAUACUGCUAUUAUAAGAAAUGAAAUUCCACAAAAUACUUACCAAUCUAACCCUAGGUCUACUUCUACACAAGAAACUGUUGUAAUUGAUAAUGAGGAAUAUAUACUACAAAACAAUCAACUAUUUUCUAAGAAAGGAAAUUCGGCAUCUGGAUAUUUAGUGCAUUCAGCAAAUGAAGCUGAGCUGCAAACAAUAAUGCCUACAACAUCCGUGGAGUAUAACAUUCCCAACUCAAAUCCUGAACGUAAAAUGUUUAUUAAAAAAUCAACACAUAUGAAUCAACCCUAUCAGAUAGUUGUUUCAAGUGAAGAAGAAUAUAAAGCUUUAAUGAAUUCUAACCAAUCUCUUUUAUAUGAUGAAGGACAACCAAAUCAAACCCUAUGUGAACUUGAAGCGCCUGAUAACUCGUCCUUAGCAACAGGAGCAAUUGAUUUAGACAACACACAACCUAAUGACAUGAUGAUUAUCCCUGAUUAUCACAUGAAUGUUCCUGUAACAGUAGCUGCUGAUAAUUCAAAUAUAGUUGUAGUUUACAGCCACCCUCUUGAAGAUCAAAGCAAACAGUUCUCAAUUAUUACAACACAAGGAGAAUUUGUUCAGUCUUCUUCUCUAAUGACACAGAAUUAUGAUACAGGUACUACUUGUCCACCAGUGGUGACUCCACAUACAGCAAUAGAAAACACUUGGCAGAGUAAUAUACAUGCAACAAUAAAUAAACUUCCUAUAACUUCCACAGCAGACAUACAAACUACAGUUGUAGGUGAAUCUUUAACAGUAGAACCAAUAGAAAAUAUUCAAAAUAACAGUUUAGAUGAACUUGCUGAAGUUCAGUUAAACACAACAAGACCAGUUACACUAGAAGUAGCACAAACUGAAACAUGUAUAAAUAGUUUCAAUGACUCUAGUGUUAUAACUACAAACACUCAACAAUGUGUAAGCCAGCCAAUUUGUCAACCUAAUGAUGUUGUUACUAUUGCAGAUCCCAUUGUACUUAGCAAUAUGCAACAGCAAGUUCAGAUUCAAUCUCUACCUUCUACAAAUCUUGAUCAAAUUGCCUCUAUUAGUUCAUAUUCCCAAACAUCUGUUGACACCCCUGAAGAACAAAAUACAAUUUCCCAUGAAGUUACUUCAAACUACCAUGACCAAUCAUCUACUGUCAACACAAUUGACCAACAAACCACAUUGACCCAUGAUAUUGUUACAACCUACCAAGAAGUAGAGCCAGUAGUUGUCGAAGAAAUAUUGUACCAAAACAAUAAUGGUAUGUCAUCAACACAAGUUACUACAGAAAGUAAUGAGACAUGUGAGUCGAUCCUUGAUGAUGCAGAUACUCAAGUGAAUAAUAUUCAAGAUUCCACUCAAGAAAAUCAGCAGUUGGGUGACCAUAUUAAAGUUACUCUUGUAGAAGAUGAGGAAACAAUAGAAAAUAUCGCUAGAGACAUUGAUGAAAGUCGAAAUGCCUCUGUUAAAGAGGGAGAAUGUACUGGCCAAAGUAAAAACGAAAUAACAUUAACAGAAAUAGCAAAAGAACAGAUUCAAAAUUUAACCUCUGAAUGGUCAGAAGAUGAAGCUGACAUAAUAUUAACAGAGCAAAGCGAUGUACCAAACGCUAAUUCAGAAUUACAAAAUGAUAACACCUCAGAGUUGGGUGAAGAAUCCAUUGAAAAUAUUCAAAAAGAAGUUAACAAACAAAUAGCAGGUGUUGUGGUUGCGACAGUCCCGAAUGAUUCAAAAGCUCCACAAACGAAGGCCAGUGACCAUGUUGCAGUUGAAUCACAGGAAAAAAUAUCAUCACUUCUUAAUGAUUGGGAUGACAAUGAUUCGCAAGAAGAAAUAAAAGCUGCAACUGAUACUGAUAAUGAUAAUCCACAGUCUUCCAAUAUUGCAACACAAGAUGAAAAUAUAAGCACAGUCGAUAAUAACGCUACAACUGAGACAGUUGAUACUAGUGAAGUAAAUAAAGAUGAUAAUAUUAAGAGAUUAGUCAGUGAUUGGGAUGAGGAUGAUGAAGAAGAAAAUAAGGAUUGAUCUGAGAAUUUAUUGUUUGUCUGUUUGAGAUAGUAGCAACAAAGAAUCAAUAAUGUUAAGAUUUGAAAACGACUUACAAUAUUUAUAAUUAAUUAUAAUAUUUUUAUGUAACAGUUAUAUACAUACAUGUAAUGUAUUUAUAUUAUUAUAAUUAAGUACACAAUAAUUAGUCUGCUAUUAGAAGUUUUUAUACAUUAAGUACACAAUUCAAUUUAAGUCCUAGCAAAUGUCUAGACUUCAUCAGUUUUAAUUUAAUGCAACAAAGCCUAAACCAAGCAUAGCUGAAUUAACUUUAAUCAAAUAGUUAAUGUUUGUUACAAUUGCUAUUUGAGUACUGUUGCACAUACAAAAAUUAAAAUUAUAAACACAAUUUAGAUAAAAUUAUAAAUAUUUAGAUUAUUUUUUGAACAUUUGUGGUCUGCAAUAUGUAUUGCUCCUGUCUAUUUGUCACUUGAAAAAAAAUUACAGAUUGCAAAAGAAACUGAUUGUCAUUUAAAAUAUUACUGCUUUUUCAGGUUGAUAAAUAACUUGUGCAUUAAAUAAUCCAAAUACAUAAAAACUGUAUGUAAAACUGUAUCAUAUUUUGUUGUAGCAAUACCUCUAUUGGGUGCUCUUUUUGUUUCAAUCAUUUUGAUGUCAAUUGUUUAGUCUAUAAACAAGUGUUAUAUAUACAUUUCAUAUUACAUUCAGUUGGGCUAUUCAUUAACUUGGCCCAUUGACCUCUUAUAAUACAAGGAUGCACAAUCAUGUAGAAAAUGUUACUUGAAAACUCGCCAAUAUUGCUUUUGCAAUUUUAGAAUUAUUGGUAAAGAAAAUUAUACCUAAAGGCCUUUAGAUAUAGUCUAAUAUUCAAUAAAAUCCCAAAUUCAGAGCAAAUUCAACCUUAAGCAUUGAGUUUAAGGGUGAAUUUGCAAAUGCAACUACUUGGAUUGAGUGCCAAGAAGUUGUGUUGGGCACUCAUUAAGUGGGGAUGUUUGUUGGUCGCUGAUUGUGAGUUCAAAUGUCCCACAUAUUAAUUUCAGAAAGACACCAAGUUGGGAAACAAUCCAGUAGCUCAUCUCUUUAGUGUCAUUUGUAUUGUGAUACCUACUAUAUUUCAGGCAUUAUUAUGUUAUAAAUAUAAAUAAAAUAUUGUUUGUUACUUUCACUAACGGACGAUGGGCCUGUCAUGGUCAGACAUAACUUGAUUUUAUAAAGACUGUCAGCCGAUGUUCCUACCAUAAUAUACUCUUAAAUACAUACUUUACUUAUAAGUAAGGUAGCCAAGGGUAGGCUCAAGGGUCAAUUUCAUUAACUUUCUGAGUAUCUAUAAGUAGGAGUGUGUGCUGACUUUCAGAUUUUAUAAAAGGAUGUUUGGCUAUUGCAGGCUGUCGUUCUUGUUGAGCAAAUAAUAUAGUAGCAAUAAGUAGUGUAAGGAGUCCACAUAGAAUAUCAUUGUAAUUCAUAUUAUAUGUAGGUACUGUAAUAAAAGUUAUGAUAAUGCGUUUAUAUGCAAGUAAAUAGUACGUCUUACUCUACAAGUUUAAAUUAAGUGCAUCUCAUCUAUGAAUAUAUUUGAUGACAAAUAAAUAUAAUAAUUAUUACAA